UCCUCUUCCGGUUUGACGUCAUUAUUGUAUCAAAACAUUUUGUAAUUCAGUAAACAGAAAAAGAGUCAGACAGAUCCAAAUAUUCAUAACAUUAAAUCUAGUCCCGAUAGAUAUCUAGUCUAGACUAUAUACUUCUAGGCCAGACCAAAGGCGAAGCAUGUCACUUAAUAAUUCUCAUGCUCAUGGUGGAGUAUUGAUAUAUGCUGGUGAAAGAAUACUCAUUUACUAUGAUGGUAUUGAAAUGACAUUUGAAGGUCCUCCAUCUGUUACUCAGAUGAAGGGAAAGAAAAAAGGAAGAAUAUUUCUGACUACACACAGAGUGAUAUUCAACAGUUUAGACAGCAAAGACCAAAUGCAAUCAUUUUCAUUUCCUUUCUUGCUUAUGAGAGAAGUCGAACUAGAGCAACCAAUAUUUGGAGCUAACUAUAUCAAAGGGAGAAUAAUAGCGGAGACUAUGGGAAACUGGGAAGGAGAGGCUAAGUUUAAAAUGCAUUUUACUCAUGGAGGUGCUAUUGAGUUUGGAAAGGCCAUGUUACAUGCUGCAUCUCUAGCUUCACGAAACAGACCAACCAAUCCUCCACCAUACCAAGGACCACCUAGUUCAAAUUACUAUGCUGCACCUCCACCGGCUUAUGAGCCUCCGAGAAAUUCCUAUUAUUCUUGGGUGCCAUAUGAAACCUUUCCUACUGCACCACCUGCUGAUGGUGUGUAUAUGUACCAAGCCCCUCCACCUUAUCCAGGAGUAGAUCCAAACCUUGCCUAUCCACCACCAUCAGCCCCUAUGGCUAAUGGUCAUGAUGCUAAAGCUCAAGAAGCAGCAGCCAGUGCUUAUUAUGAUCCAUCAAAUCAGCAUAAUUUGUAUGCACCAGCUGCAUAUGGAAUGGCCCCACCUACAUAUCCUGGACCUCCACCCGCUUACAGUGAAUACGAGAAAAAGUCAAACUAGUCAGAUGAUCCAAUCGGAAGCACAUCUUUUGUUCAUUAUGUAUUAAUCGUGUAAUUUUUAGAUAUUAAUGAUUAUUUUUACAACUAUAUUUGUUUAAAAACAUGAAGAUAUAAACUGCAGAGUACUCUCCUUAAACACUAUUUAAUGUUGAAAUGUAUUAUACAGAAAAAAAAAAUUGAAUAUGUAUAAUUACAAUGUGACUUAGAAGAGAUCAGAAACCUGCCCACAAAACUUGUGUCUUGCUCUUUUGUAAAGAAAGAUUGUCACACCUUUGAACUAAGUUCUUCUAUAUACUGAUUUCAUUCAAUAGGAUGAUUAUUUUGAACAUAUACAAAAUUAGUCCAACACUACCGUCUUUCAUCUGAAUCCCAAACAUGUCUUUGGUAAUUAGGGCUCAGAAAAAAAAACUAUUACAAUAAAACAAUUCUGUAUCUUUGGGAUAACAACAUAAUUGUUUUUUUUACCAAUCAUCUCAAUUGACAAAAUUUAGCAUUCUACCUACAAAGUUUAUAUGAGACAUUUCUGAUAAAAAAUUGUAUAGGUUAGUAAUUAAAAAUCUCUUUGAUUAGCAACAUUUUUAUAUAAUUUUUUGUUUUUAAUUUGAAGUUUCACUUUGUGUAUUGAUUGACCAAUGCAUUGUAUAUAUCUUUCAUUCUGUAUUGUGUUUCAUGCUGACAUGCAUUUUUUCCCUUUUUUUUUAAUAACUUUAUUGUACACUAAUGCUUUAUGAAUGGCUCUAUUACAAUUGUAAAGGUGACUGCUUGAAUUGAUGCUUUGAGAAUGACAGUGUGAACAAAUAACCUUGAAAAUACAAUGUUUAAAGGCUUCUCAACAUUUUUUUUUUUUAAAGAUAAUAUGAUUUCUAAGUGGUUCAGUAUUAUAUGUGCAGUGAAUCAAUUGAAUAUCUUAACUCUUAGGUGAGAGUUUUAAUAAAGCUCAUUUUAGAAGUCUUUGUAAUUUUUAUUUUUUUUGAGUCAGUUAAUUGAUAUCCAGGACCAUAGCUAGAGCUGGGGAAGUAAUUAAGCUAAGUCUCAAAGCAACUUCAGUCACUAAAAUAUUUAACAUAUAGUAUUUACUAUGUUUUGGCUGUGUUCAUAACUUGAGGCUGAUUUUGUUUUCUAUACAAUGUGAUAGCCUGUACAUUUGAUUCCAUGUUUGUCACUUUUUUUUAAUGGCCUAUGAAGUGCAAAUGUACAUCCUGAUGGGUUGAUCAUUUAGCUAAUCUCUUCAAGCAUCACAUUUGCUGACUUGCUUGUCUGUUACUGUCAAAACUUUCCUCAGUAGCAUUAAAUAGGAUCAUGUUUUCUCAAUUUUAUUAACCUAGGCUAUUUGCUAACUGGAAUUAUUUUGUUGUUUCUUUGUUAGCUUUUUGUGUCAACCCAAAACAAAUUUGUUAUGAGUCUUAGAAUAGAGGCUAGUGUAUUAAUGGUUGAGUGUAACAUGGAGUAUGAACUCCCUUUGAUAGGGCUUGCUUGUAACUAAUGUGUGGCCAAGGAAUGAUGCACUGAGUGAUUCCACCAUCAGGCAAAAUAAUUUUGAUAAGAGAAUGAGAGAUGUUUCCGUUCUCUUUGCUUUGUGUAGGUUUUGACCCUCUGAGAAGGAAGUGGUUCAAGGCUAGAAAGACCAAACUCUAGUUUACAGCCUUGACUAGAAGUUUUGCUUUUUGACUAGUGCAAGUUAAAUGUUCUAUUGACUAAACGGCAGUUCAAGUAAUUAAUUUGUUUUCAACAUAAAACAAAGUUAAAGACUAAUCUUUUAGGUUUGAAAUUUCACAGUAGUUAACAGUAUUAAAAUUGAAAUUAGUGGUAAUUGUUAUUACAGUUUUAGGGAUUUAUUUAUGUUUGUACAUACAAUAUUUAUUGGAACUGUCUACGGGGAAAGGCUAUGUAUGCUUUGUAUCUUGAAGUUAUUGUUAUGUUCAUUUCUUUCCCCCAAGAGUAAAGAAAAAACAAAACGAAAAACACUGACUAUAUUACUUUGAUAAUUAACUGUGAUGUUACAAAUUGUCAUUAAACUACUAAUGUCAUUUUUGUAUUGGUUAUUAAAAUAGGGUUAUCCAUUG